AUGCCCGUUAAAUUAGGAGAAACAAAAAUAACCGCUUAAAACAUUAAAGGAAGGUUAAAAUAUCACAACAGAAACAACAUACUCCACGGAUGCGCAAAACUGAAGAAGAUUGAAACGGAUUGAAAUUAGGGUUUUUGAAAACUGUUCAGCUUGACAGUCUAUCAAAGAUGAUCCUGAUCCCUGCUGCUUGCAACUUCAAAAAUAAUGCUCAUGAGACAUAUUUAUUUGUCUCGGAUCUUUGAUUUUGUCAUUCACGUGUGAUUUCUAUGUAAGUUCCAUCGCGGCUGAGGGCGAUUAAUUGGCAAAAUUAAACAAAAGGAACUGUACUACCAUGACACAGCCUCUUUAACACGAAGUUGUGAUUAGCAAAAGCUUUUUUUUUUCGGUUUCCUUUAAAGUUAAACAAACUUUUCAAAGGUUUGACAUCUCCUCAGCCCUUGUUAGUUAUUGAUUUUUGUACUGGAAAAACCGGAUGUAAUAGAAGCAAAACUGAUUUUUUUUUUUUUUCCAACGGAGAUUAAUUAUUUUGAAAAGAUGAAUAAAUAAUAAUAAGAAGAAAGGAAAAGCAAAAAAAAUACCAAGUAUAAAGAGCCGAUUCCGGUUCAUUCCUGUUGGCCAUAUUUGUAGCAGGUUGAAGACCGCGGAAGCCUUCCCGUUCUUUCCCAGGCUGAAACUAACAGAAGCAAAUUAUAUAUUUCGUAAAUGAUUGGUGAAAAUUAAGAGACCUUUUUCUUUUAGAAAUAACUCAUAAGACACAAGUUCCUUACCAAAAAUGGUUUGAAAACUCCAUUUUUAGAACUUCCGAUCUGUUUUUGUGUGAAGAAAGGUUAAUCCGGCUUUAUAAUGGUCGGGUCCUCACCUUGAAUAAAAAGGUUAUCGCGUGUUAGUUUCACGCCAAAACAUGUAAAAUAGUAAUAAUAAAACAGCAUGAUACUGAACCUUGGAAAAGUAAAACUAUUGUUAUUUUAUUAAACAUAACUUAAGUUGUUGAUAUAUAUGUCAUUGUUUUGACUUUUACCGUCUUUUAAGAAAGGAAUGCGUGACGUCAAGAGAUUGCCUCGAACUAUCUCUUCGUGAUAUUUCCUUGUGUGUUGCCCCGACAGCUUGAGCUGAUUUAUUCGCUUCUUAUCGAUUGUAUCCUUUAUUUCCUAAGUCGUUCUUUUCAACUGAACUCAAGAAAUUUAGAAAUGAACGUAAAUAGCGUCGAAGUUACGAAUUUUCGACAAAUUUUAACAUUGUUAAGGGCAUUAAUUAUGGAAAUGUGCGGUUUAUUUCGAGUCGUGACCUCACAAAGUGCUUUGCCAAUAUGCCACCCUCGCUUUCGAUUUCCGCUCAGGGGAGGGGAGAGGAACAUUUCAGCUCCGUCAAGUUUAUGCUUUCAAAAUAUGGACGAACGUCUUGCAGGAAGAAUCGUCCUAAAAUAUCAUUCGUCUUGUUGGUUUUCUCUCUUUCUGUUGUUGGUAUUCCAUUCGCCCGUUAUUAGUCAAGGUAAUAACUCUUUUCGAUUUUGAAACCAAAAGUUUUUACUACUUAUUCCUUGAAUUCACAAAGCGGAAAUAAUUUUACGUUUGUGUAUUUACAGUCAGGUGUACUUCACCUUUUGAAUCAUGCCGUUUAUAUCUUAAAGUCUAAUCUCUUUUGCUGUAGAUCUAUAUUUUAAAAAUUCUCCGCACAUUUUAUACCGAAAAAUACAACGCAUAGGCAAGCUGAAACGACUCUUCGUCGGUCUAUUAUAUAAAGAAUUCUCACGGUGUAACUCUAUUCUGAUAUCGUUGUUGGAGGUAUUAAAAGCGCUUUCCAGACCGCGCUACACCAUAUCCUUCCCAAAUUUUUGUUACAGAGAAACUGCAUUUCUUAUAUAAUAAUUUUAUUGCUUAUAAAGAGAUAAUCGAGUUACGUACAAGUCAACUUUGCUUUCGUUGUACACAGGUGCACUGUCAUGCAUGUAUUAAAACUUCCAGAAUGUAUGAUCAAUUAAUGUUUUAAUUAUAAAUCAAACUAUUCUGAGUAUUUUAAUACUAUUUAGCGCUUGUUAUUAAAUUUUCUUCCUCUUGGCCUUUGAUUCGGUUACAAAGCUGAAAAGGAAACUUUGUUCAGUUGAAUUUUUGCAACAGUAGUUAAUCCUUCAUAUAUUUUUAAUAACUCUCUAACUUUGAUAGUAUUGAUAUUUUGUUCAUACAAGUCUUAUUUUGCUUACAUAUAAUGAUAAGCUUAUGUAUAUUCAAAUGGUAUUCCCUGUACUUCACUUUUUUGCUAACAUUUUCGAUAAUGUUUUAUACUCUAACUGGUUGGUCUGUUCUUGACUAUAAAGCAUUAAAACAUUGGCAGGCCUUUGUUGAAUUCAUGCUGUGAAUAUCUAUUACAUGCAGCAUCAAUAUCACGAUUAGGCCUUCAAGGUUGUGCUCUAAGGAAAAUUGAAGGGAGCCCAGUGCUCUGAAACUGUAAAAUCUAGGGUUCCCAGCAUAUGAUUUGUAUGAAACAUGUAAGAUUUUCUAGUCGCCUGAGGGCAAAAGUUAGGCGCCAGGGGCCAUUGAGCUCUGCUAGAGCACAGCCCUGGGCCUUACAUGUAAUGAUGGAAAUAUAUCAGCUACAUGUACUCGUUGGUUUUGUGGAUCUUUUUGUAAGAACACCUUUACCAAGUUUGAAACUGAAACUAAAAUUCAAGAAAGUACAUAUUAAGGGUUAUAUAUACCUGUAUAUUUAUCACAUCACUGAAAUGAAGUUGAUUUUUGUUAAAACAGUUUUCUGAGGCUUUGAAUUUCAGAGCUAAGUUAACACUCUAGCAUUCCUAAAUGUAUUAAUAAGAUGGAACUUGUCACUGAGUCCAACAUUUUUUUUUUUAUCACAGUUGCUCUGGAAGUAACAAUUGAUGGUGCGGCACAACAGCUUGUCGUGAUAGGAAAUAAAGUACAACUGACUUGUCAUUAUAAUGCAUCACCUCCGGUAUCAGAAGUGCGUUGGGAAAAAGAUGGAACUGUGAUAUCCAAGAAUGAUUCUUUAGAGAAUGGAUCAAGAGGGAAUAUUACUCAUUUCAAUGGCAGCACAGUACAGUUAACAAUUGUCCCAAGUAUAUCAAGCGAUUCUGGGAAUUAUACCUGUGUUGUUAUAAACAGAAUUGAGACCUCAUCUGCUAAUGCAUCAGUUAUAAUACAAGGUUAGUUAGAACAAUUUAUUUAUUUUCCAAAAAGUGAUUUUAUCUGCCCUGGCAAAGACAUUUGGCAAACAAAUUCAAGAGCUCAGAGGAACAUUUUCAAAAAAAUAUUCAAGAAUAUAAUUUCCUUUGAAUCGCUCAAACUUCAUCAGCGAUGUAAAAUGAGGUUAAGUAACCUCAAUAUUUUAUUGGUAUGAAAUAAUGAUACCACCCAAAUGUGAGGUAUCAAAGUCGCUGCGAUACUCAUCCACAUUUGUUGCAAAAGGCUUGUCAUCUGCACCCUCCCCAAUGUUGAUUCUCUUAUUAACCAUUUGCAAAUAAAUGUGAAUCUCAACUUUGGGUGAGGAGAGAAAAAAUGCCCAGUGACAACUGCGACUCAUUCGGCGUGACAUUAGAAAUCAUCCGUUUCAGUCAAUUGUUUCUACGAAAAAUUUGAUGAGUAUUGUGGUCUUAAAAUGCUGGUGAGAGCUUUUAUAUUACCAUCUAUCAUGUUCAUUUAACUUCAGGGUACUAGUAAAAAAGAAUAGCAGUUAUUCUUAUUAUUGUUAGACAUAUUUUGUCACUGCAUUGUACAUUCCCCUGACCCCCUUACAUUUGUUUGUCACUUUGUUGUGGUAAUUAAGCCAUGUUGUAUAUACAGACUGCAAAUAAGGAAGGUCUGUUACAAGUAUUAGCCUCUAGAUAAGUUCCACCAUGGGUUGAGCACUUAAAUAGGUGUUGUAUAGGUCUGCAUGAUAGGAGUCUCUUAGUAUACAGUUAAUGUUAGGUCCCAAAGGAAACAGUUAGUUUUGUUUUCCCGAGAGUGCUGAUGUUUCCUGAGAUGAAGUUAAGGGAAACAUCAGGACUUGAGAGAAACAAGACUAACUGGUUUCCUGCGGGACCUGACAUUAUAUUUCUAGACUUUCACUUCAACAGAAAUAAAAGAAUAACCGGAGCGAACCAAAACAGUCGACCCGGUAUAUAACAACACAAAUCUAAUUCUCAAAAUCCUGUCAAAACCACUGAAUGAAUGAUUUGCAAAGUACUUUCCAUUUAUUAUCUGCAUCUUUUUCCUCCACUAGCUGCUGUUUCUCUUCUGGGAUAACUUUAAAAAUUGUUACUUUUUAGCUUGAGGCUUUGUGUUUGUGUUGUUGUGUUCUUUCAUGAAAAAGAAAACUGGCAGUGUUUUUCCCACCUUCUGUCACGCCACUUUCCACCAUGCUUUGAUCACGUGCUGUAAUGUAUCCUGAGUGGGGUACAUUGCCUAAUGUAUCACGAUUGGGAUACAUUUGAUUUUAGUCAAGGCCAUGUGACCAAGAAUCAACCAAUAGCAGUCCCUGUUUAGUUGAGUGAAAGUCUAGGAAUAUAACAAUUCAAAUUGAUCCUUUAAGUAACGGCAGUACUAUUUUGUUUUUGUAGUGGUGCCAAGUCCACCACAGAAUGUUGAAGUUAAUGCUAAUACCUCACGAGUUGUGAACAUCUCCUGGACACCUGGCUUCAAUGGCAACAGUGCUAUUCGUAACUACACUGUAGAGAUCAGUACAGAUAAUCAGGCAUUUGCAGAGGCUAGAUGUUCAUGGCUGUCAAGUAGUGGCUGUGUGGUAUCAAGCUCCUUCACCAGUGCUUCUCUUGUAGACCUCCAUCCUGGAACGACAUAUUACAUUAGGCUGUUUGCUACUAACAAAGUUGGUUCCAGUAAUGUCAGCUUAGUACUCAGGGUAAACACAGACGAAGAAGGUACUUAUUACUGAAAUAAUCUGUGAUAUCCUAGAAAUUCAAUUGAACUUAAAAUAUAAUCUAAGUGUCCAUCAUCAGAUAAUGUUUAUAAUUUAUUUAUGCGUUGUAUGUCACAAGUAUGUAAGUAUUCCGCAAUUCCGAUUACCUUAUGAUUACAUGCAGGGGCAAAGUGAUCAUGAUAACUAUUAGUCUCAAUCUAUUGUACGUAUUAGACUUUGGUGAUGCUUCAUAGAAAUGUGAGUACCAUUUGGCCCUCUCCCCCCACCUCACCUCCUCAAGAAGGGUUAUAAUAAUAAUAAUAAUAAUAAUAAUAAUAAUAAUAAUAAUUGCCUUGCUUGAGAAAACAAAAAGGGAGUCCUUAUAAUUUAUCAUUGUAUACACAUCAUCAAUGCCAUCAUCAUCAUCAUCAUCAUAAUUUCAUCAUAGCUUCCCUGCUAGCAGAGGCCUCUGUUAGCAGGGAACGUCAUCUAUAGCUAUUACCGAUCUUAAGCAAACCUGAUGGCGACCAAGAGGACAGCAUACCAGGCCGAGGUGACAUGGAAUUAGAACAGCGUCUUUGUGCGCGGAAAUAUAAACUUAAGCAAGCAGAGGUUGCGACGGUUAGACUUAGGUUGCCUAUCAAAAAAGAAAACGAGAUAAAAUAAGAACUUCUGAUCAUGGGUUGGAUUUUGCUUUGCCAUGACAUCUUUCAGAGAUGCCAGGGAUUUGUUAACAACUGCUCUGUUCGACCUCGAUGUUGUGACUUCUGGUUGACAUUUUCUUGGCCGCCGUCCAGGUUUGUUUAAGGUCGCUAUUGUCAUUGUCAUCAUCAUCUUGAUAACUGUCAUCGUCAUUACUGAAUAGCUUACCUGUACACUGUAUCAUUCACAUUUUUAAAGACAAUUAAUGAUCAUUUCUUUCUGCAUCUUGUUCUGUUAUAAUUAAGCUUACAUGUAGCAUGCAACCUCUCUAAUUAUCUAUUAGUAUUGUAUAAACAUUGUCAUUAUCGUUCAUCAUCAUCACCAUGGUCAUCAUCGUCAUUAAAAACAUCAUCAUCAUCAUCAUCGUUAUCAACUUCAUCAUCAUCAUCAUCAUCAUCAUCAUCUUGAUAAUAAUCAUUGUCAUCAUCGUCAUGACUGAAUACAUGUAGCUUACCUAUACACUUUAUUAAUUUUAUUUUAUAACAGUAAUUCAUAUAACUGCAAAAACCAUGGAUGAAAAACCUGCUGGUUGCCAUCAUUGCAUCUCUAGAAAAGAGAUCUAAACUAUUAGUUUAAAGACAAUUACACACCAUUUCUUUCUGCAUCUUGUUCUGUUACAAUUUAGCCUAGCUGAGUAUGCAACCUACUCUUACUACCCUCGUAUCUCCUGUAAGCUAACUUGUUAUUUUUUCAUCUCUUUCACAGCACCAAAUGCUCCUCCGUCUAAUGUUGUGGGAAACAACGCAAGUUCUACCAGUAUUUUUGUCCAGUGGGGAAGUGUGCCACUAGACAACCAAAAUGGCAUCAUCGUAAGUUACACAGUUAGCUACACGGCGCUUCCUAAUGGCAGUGAACAAACCAAGGUAGUGAAUGCUCCAGCAAAUGAAACAACUCUAACAGGACUCAAUAAAUUCACGAACUACAGCAUCACAGUGUUUGCAUCAACUUCAAAGGGAGGCGGAAAUGUUAGUAAACCUAUCAUUGUCAUCACAGACGAAGACAGUAAGUUUAACAGUACUUCACUUAUAUUAGUUGAAUUAUGAUGUCUAUCUUUCCUCUUGAUUGUAACUGCCUCCCUAUUGGAAUUGAGUGAAUACAGCAUAAAGACAGAAAGUGAUUGUGGGAGAGUGGGAGGCUCAAGCUUAAAUGGGCCGUGUCGCAGCUGUCUGUUUCCUUUUGUUAAUGUUGCCAAUUACACUUCCUUAUGCUCUUUUGAAAUUUAACGUACGUUAGUGAAGAAAUUACUUGAAAUUGACAAAAUCAUAGCUUCUUGUUAAAAAAUAUAGCUUCCAAGAAUUCAAACAUUACAAACAACAAUUAUGCACUUUGAAAACCUUUUAGGCUAUUAAGCUUUCAAAAGCCACAAUUUCAAUCCGUUUUAAUUAGUUCUUCAAAUUUUUCCAUCCGUGCCUUAUUUUAUAUUUGCUGUGUUUUUAUUACCUUCUUUUAAUGUUUUGAGCGAUAAUUUUAUGUUUCAUUCAAAUUUUUGGCAGUUCCUUCCGUCAAAAUUUUGAUGAAAUUCGUGACUCAGCUCCUUUAAUAACAAGUUAACUCUAGUUUCUUUCCAGUACUGCAUGAUGAUAUCAAUUUACUAUUUUCAAAAACGUACCUGUAUUCGCCACUUUGAGGUUGCGCGGGAGACCGGGUCGAGAUGGUUGUCAAAGUGCAUUGUGGGACUGUUUUGGGGGACGAAUUUGCCGCCGUGUUGAAAAUGCGUCCCCCAAAACAGUCCUACAAUGCACUUUGACAACCAUCCUGAGGGACUUGAAGAUGUCUAUCUAUUAAAUAUACACUGGCUUUAGGCUAUGAAUAGUUUAUUACUAUCUUGCACAUUAUUACAGAACCAACAGAUUCUCCAAAAAAUGUCCGCGGACACAACACAAGUUCCACCAGUAUUUUUGUUCAGUGGAACGAGAUUCCAUCAGCUGGUGACCGAAAUGGCAUAAUACUGAGUUACACAGUUGAGUACACAGCGCUUCCUAGCGAGAGUCCACAAACCAAGGUCGUUAAUGCUCCAACAACUCAAGCUAAUCUGACAGGACUCAAUGAGGACACAGAAUAUAGAAUCUUUGUGUCGGCAUCUACUAUAAAAGGAAGUGGACCCAAAAGCGAAAAAGUCGACAUCUUUACAGACGAAGAUAGUACGUACCCAAGUAGAUUAUUAUUUAUACUAAUCGUACUGUUUUUUCCAAGAAGUUUUAUUGAAGUGCAGUAACUGAAAAUGAUUUUUUUUUCAUAGUAAUUUUGAGGUAGACAUAGUGUAUAUAGUAAAAUAUCUGUUCACCACCAGCAGAAAUAACUUCCAAAUAGCACGAUUUUUCUCAAGGUAGCAGGGACACGCUUUUAUCUACGGUAUUUUUUUAGUUCUUGUCAACACAAUCGAUAAUUGUAGCUUUUUUUUCGGUUUUGAGUCGUUUGCAAAAAAACACAGAUAAUAAUGUACCGCUUAGAAGUUCCUUCAAGAAGCUCUUUAGUUCAGCUUCACCCUGCAAACUUAGGCAACCUUCACAUUUGGUGUCCGGGCACGGUGCCCAAUUUCGUUACUAGCUCAUUGGAUACUUUUGUCAACUACUAAUCACAAUUCGCUCUCGGUGCCUGUAACCGAGUUCAUUAGUUAAAAGUCGAGACUCCCGGCGGCAGUGAUCAAACCAAGGUAGUGGAUGCUCCAACAACAAAAGCAAAUCUGACAGGACUCAACAAUAAUAAUAAUAAACAUAAGCUGCAUUAACAUGAAACUUGCAUAUUUUGUUUGUCAAUCUCCCGGCUGGCUGUGUUGAUUUUGAAUCCCAAAACUCAACCUUUUUUGUUUCCUAUGUUCUUUUUGCGUUCUUUUGUAUAGAGCCAAAUGCUCCUCCAGCUGAUGUCCGGGGACGCAACACAAGUUCUACCAGCAUUUUCGUUCAGUGGGGUGAAGUUCCCGAAGCUGAUCAAAAUGGCGUUAUACUGAGUUACACAGUAAAGUACACAGCGCUUCCUGGUAGCAGUGAGCAAACCAAGGUGGUGAAUGCUCCAGCAAAUGAAACAACUCUGACAGAACUUAAUGAAUACACCAACUACAGCAUUACGGUGUUUGCUUCAACUUCAAAGGGAGGUGGAAAUGUUAGUGAACCUAUCAUUGUCAUCACAGACGAGGACAGUAAGUUUGCUGUUAUUUUGUAAAAAAAGUUAUUAAAUAUUAAGGUGAGGUAAGUUGCGUUACUCUGUUUAUUGAUUUAUACUUUGUGUUUUCUCCUUUGUUAUUCAGAGCCAAAUGCUCCUCCAUCUCAUGUGCAAGGACGCAACACAAGUUCUAGAAGUAUUUUAGUUCAGUGGGCUGAUGUUAACGCAACUGAUCAAAAUGGUAUUAUACUAAGUUACACAGUUGGUUUCACAGCGCUUCCUGGUGGCAGUGAACAAACCAAGGUAGUGAAUGCUCCAGCAAAUGAAACAACUCUAACAGGACUCAAUGAAUUCACCAACUACAGCAUUACAGUGUUCGCUUCAACUUCAAAGGGAGGUGGAAAUGUUAGUGAACCUAUCAUUAUCAUCACAGACGAGGACAGUAAGUUUGCUGUUAUUUCGUAAAAAAAGUUAUUAAAUAUUAAGGUGAGGUAAGUUGCGUUACUCUGUUUAUUGAUUUAUCCUUUGUGUUUUCUCCUUUGUUAUUCAGCGCCAAAUGCUCCUCCAUCUAAUGUCCAAGGUCGCAACACAAGUUCUACCAGCAUUUUGGUUCAGUGGGGUGAUGUUCCCGCAGCUGAUCAAAAUGGUAUUAUACUAAGUUACACAGUUGGUUACACAGCGCUUCCUGGUGGCAGUGAACAAACCAAGGUGGUGAAUGCUCCAGCAACUGACACAACUCUGACAAGACUCAAUGAAUUCACCAACUACAGCAUCACAGUGCUUGCUUCAACUUCAAAGGGAGGUGGAAAUAUUAGUGAGCCAAUCAUUGUCAUCACGGACGAAGACAGUAAGUUAGCUGUUAUGUAUGCAUGUACAUAUAAAGACAGUAAUUUUCCAAGGAGUUAUAAUAACUCCUCUAGUGGGGUCAAUUUAACUCCUUACGGUGGAUUUAUUUUUGGGGGGAGUUGUUUUAACUCCAAAAUGGAGUUUAAAGAACUCUUUCUCAGAAGAAAAAAUGACCCCAGAUAUUGAGUUAUUUUAACCCCCAAAAAGUAGUUAUCCUGUACCGAAAAUUUUUACUCCACUUUCAGAGUUAAAGUAACUCCAAAAAAAGUAAAAAUAACCCCAUUUACGGAGUUAAAGGAACUUCUUGAAUUCCCCGCACCCAAAAAACUGACAACCAGAAAUGCGGUGCGGGAUAAGCAGACAAUUCUUAGCCCAUUUAUUGAACUAACCAACUAAUCACAAAACAAAAACAACUGUUUACACUGUUUAGACACCAAAAAAUUAAACAAACUCUAUACGUUCGAUCCGGCCAAAGUAAAUUGAAUAAACAAAACCACUUAUAAUGACUGUCAAUCAUCAGGAAAGCACAACUAAAAACGUUACGAGGAAAUGGAUUACAGGAUUUCAACCAAAAUAUAAAAAAGAACAAAAUUUAACUGUCCGCUUGUAAAAAUCCACAAUGAAACUUGUUUACUGUACAGCGAAUAUAUACUUGCUAGUUUACAUAUCACACUUUCUUCCCAUAAUCUCACGCCGGCACUUAAAACACACUGCCGACAAAUGCACUUGUGCUUGGGAAUUCAAGAAACCAUUUAUCUUUUGUUUCAUUACGCUUCGCUACAUUCAGGCAAAGAUAAAUGAACAAUUCUUGAAUUCCCCGCACCCAAAAAACUGACAACCAGAAAUGCGGUGCGGGAUAAGCAGACAAUUCACAAUCAGUGGCAAAAGCAUAUAAGGAUACAAUAUAAGGCAAUGUUCAUUAAGCAAACAUAUUUACAGUAUAAUAGAUAGCUAAUCGCUUGGAUACCAUAAAGGUACUGUCCAAAAAUUGUUAAGCAUAUCCACCUGCGGCAAGGAUUCUGUGUCAUCAAGCAACGUUAAGCCAUCAGAAUUAAUUGGGCAAAUGUAAAUCUCUCCAUACUGCAACAAACAACACAACUCGCGCAAUGUUUAUCAAGCAAAUCACAUACUGAAAAUUAAAGAGCCAAAUUUCUAGAUACCACAAGGGUAUUUUCCAAAGAUUCAUCGACAUAACCAUCUGCGGCUUGGAUACUGCGCCAACCACCAUGUCUACGCCAUACUCUCCCAGAAACUCCGCUGCGUGCUGCUUGGGAAGCACCACCUGAACGAAGGCUAUGUAAACCAAAUUCGUUCGAGUCUAAACCAAGUUCGGAAAUCAUUUGACGAAACUGUUCCCGUGCCCGAGAAUAUGACAGAGCAGCUUGUCGCAGCUUGUACCCGGCACCCAAUUUCUGGCAGAGACAAAAUAAAGACUGAGAUGGUUGAUGCUCUCCGCGCUCAAGGAAUAACUCUAACAGUUUCACUGGACAAGAGCUGGAAGGUAAACGAGCAACUUUAACCACAGAUCCCUGACGGAAUUGAUCGUUCUUACGCCUGUCUAGGAAAAUAGACAUGUGGGUGGCGCAAAACCUUAAGUCACAGGCACGUAAGUCACGCAGCUCUGACCAACGUAGGAAAGCACAAAAACCAAGCGCAACCAGCGACACCAUUUGUAGGUUCGGUAGAGAAGCACGAGGGUGACCAUAGGAACGAAUCAGCGCCCUGACGUGAUGAGAUUCAAUAGGCUGCUUUCUCCUAGAUGGACCAGCCAGGAGGCGUUUAAAGCCAGCCAAGGUCUGAGAAACGAGCGGAUCGUCGACAGGAUUAGGACAUCCAAGUUUCUUAUGUAGCCAUGCAAUGCCAUAAGCUGCUCCAAGGAUUGACGAGCGAGAUAAGCCUCGGUCUGAAAGACUUGUUAAGUAGAGAGCAACUGCGGUUGGGUUAGACUGUAAAGGAGGAAACGAGUAGCACUUGCACCAGUCAAUCCAUCGAUUGGCUGCCCCUGCAUACGAAGACACGGUUGAAGCGGCACAGUCAUUAAGUAUGACAGUCUUUAACAGUUCUACAAGCCUCUGAAUCUCCGCGUUGCUCCGUUGGUAAGGCGACAAGCCUAAAGUGAAAAUCAACAAUGUCCAAAACAUGGCACUUUAAAGACAGGAACAACAUCCAAUUGCUACAGAACACUAAACGCGCAAGAUACACAUCGUCUGCAACGAGAACUGCCCACAUGGCAAGUUAACACAGCACCAGUACACACUCCAGCACAAGGAGGCUUGGCCCACUCGGCGUCAACUGGUAAGCAAAUCCACACAAAGGAUAGAGGAGUCCACUUGACUCUAAAAACGAACACACUACUGUGUCGACAGUGCCCUCUCGGCUUGCUUCAGCUGCACAACUCGUGCGUACUAGUACAGUUCCAAGUCCACUGACUUGCAAAGAGCAAAGGCCCACACCUAGGCCAAAAAGGCUCAGAUAGAACAAAAACAAAUAAUUAGGAUGAACAACUCGUUCAAGGUACUCGUCUAAUACCCGAAAAACGUUCUACAGCAAAACUAAGGAAACACAAUUCUCAAAGCAAAUACCCUACACGAGGGAAUACCAUGCCCGAAAAGAUCCGCGGCUGCGGAACCAGGGAGAAAAGUAGAUUCAUAUAAAGGAAUCUCCCGCCAGUCAAGAACAAAAGGGUGGAAAACCCCGGGGCUUCGAGACACCAACGGCCACCAAUGAGCAGAUUGCCAAAAGGGGAUAAUGAGAGUGCCCUGCUCUCUACCCAGUUUCAUGUGAUUCUGGGAAUAAGGAACACUGGGGGGACCAACCAAUUGUUUUCCCCUCCCCAGCUGACGGUAAAAGCAUCAACAGUUUCGGUCCCAGGACACCACCAUCGAGAACAAAACCUGGGCAACUGGAAAGAAUUAUGACUCGCAAAACGAUCUACAGUGUGGGGUCCCCACAGAAUAUCCAACUGGCGAAAAUGGACAGGGUUGAGCAUCCAAUCAUCGGUGUCGACAACUUUCGACCAAUAAUCAGCCUUGAAAUUAAAAUGGCGAGGUAUCCACUCCGCAGAAAAGCGAAUACCGGCUUCAUGGCACAAAUUGUAAAUGGCAACCGCUUCUUUUUGCAAAUGAGGCUUACUACUGCCGACGGACAAAAUACUGCAGACGCUCUGAUUGUCAGAUCUAUGCUUGCACUCCUUACCCGCCAAAAGACCGGAAAACGACUGAAGAACAAAUCUAAUUGCACGAAUCUCGCGGAAAGAAGAGCUGCAUAGGGCCUCGGAACCCAACCAGUUCCCUCUAGCGAUGUGCGUACCAAAUUGAACAAUAAAUCCUGCCCAACCCACAUUGCUGGCAUCCGAAUAAGACAAAAGCUCUAUCUUCGGGAGGGCCUCCAGAUUGGUUUGCCGCACAAACGAAAGAAAUUAUCUCUCCAAAAAUUAAGUUCCUCUACAGCUUCACGCGUUAAAGCCACCUUGCAGCUAAGGCUAUGAACGCUAUUAAGGACUGCGUACAAGGCUCGGGUGCGCAAACGCACAAUUGGACCUAAAGCGAGCUCCAUGGAAAUAAGGGUACCCGUAAUACGAGACACAUCCCUAGCCGUGGGUGAAACAUCGUCAAGAAGCAGUGAAAUCAGAUUAAACAGAUGAUCAAUCUUGCCUGGUGGGAUACUAAAUUCUCCUUUGGUAAGGUCCAAAAUAAAGCCUAAGUGCUCCCCUUUUUGGCGCGGUUCAAAAUUGCUCUUCUCCUCAUUCACUAGCAGGCCAAGGCGAUCAAGAUCGCCUCGCACUAGUUGCGCUUCCUGAGAACACGAAUCUUUACUUGAAUCGGUGCCGAUACCGUCGUCCAAAUAGACAGAAAUCCUAAUGCCUUGUGACCGCCAGUGUGAAACAACUGGUCUUAACAAUUUGGUGAAAACGUAAGGAGACGUACUUAAACCAAAAGGAAGCGAACAAAAAAAAAAAUAGCGUGGCUUACCAUCGAAAGUAAACGAAAAAGCCAAAUACUUCCAAUGCUCUUGAAAAAUGUCAACAUGAUGGUAGCCAUUACGAAGAUCGAAAGUAAAAAACCAAUCACCUGGCUGAAGAAUUUCCGCCACGACUCGAAGGUCUUCGAACUUAAACUUACGCUUGGCUAGGUGCUUGUUAAGAAAGCGAAGGUCGAGAAUCAAUCGAAGUUUGCCAUUCUUUUUAGGAACUACACCUAAGGGACUGCAAACAUGAACUUGGUCACGCUUGACUUCCACCGCGCUACCCGCCAACAACAAUUGCUCGAUAGCUUCACAAACAAAAGCUCUUUUAUCAACAGCGCUUUUAUGAUUACUAAAGAAAUACCUCAAUGGAAUUGAAACAAAUGGUAACUUAUAACCGCUUUCAAUAACACUAAGAACAAAAGAAGAGGCCCCAAUAGAACGCCAAACAUGCAAAAACUUGCGCAAGCGGCCUCGAAUCCAAAAUACUGAGGAAACGCCCGUGUCAAGUUCAGCCUCGCCGCGAUCCGAAAAAUCGUCAAAAUCAGAGUCAGCUAGUCACUUAGCGGAAGAGGAAACUUUACAAUCCUUGAUAAAAUGGCCUGCUUUGCCACAACCAAAGCAGCGAUAAACAGAAGCUUUUUUCUCCGGUACAGGAUUAACCAAAAGCUGACCGACGUCUGGGCGGAAAUCUACGAUUCUGUGUGAUGGGCCAAAGUUAGCACUGGGGCCGCUUUUGGAAGAUGUAGACUGAGACUUAAAACGAGCUCCCAUUUUGCUUCUCAGACUAUUUUUUCGAUUUCGUUUCUCCCGAGACCUCUCUGCUUCCUUGCGCGCGACACGAAGUUUCUUUUCUUCUUCGUCAUUUUUAGUGAGUGGGUCCGCCUCAAAAUAUUCUACCACGUCCCAGCCAUCCCGGUCAGCAAUAGAAAUAAGCUUAUUUCUGUUAUCAAGGAGUGACAUACCUUCGUUGGCAAUCUUAGUGAUGGCGUCAUCCGCCCCAGCCCUCUCUAAAAUCUGGUUAAACUUAUCCUUGACGUCAGUGUUGAACUUGAACUGUUUCUUGUUACUCUUAUAUUUGAACUCGGGCUCCUCCUCCGCAGACUUGCGUUUUAAUGAGUCGAGCUGUUCUUUGACAACCUUGACCUCUUGCGUUUUCGUCUCCAAGGCCUUUAAGAUUUCCUUCGCCCACGUUGGGAGCUCAGGGCUGCGAGAAACCGAGCGACUUCUACGGUGCGAACGCUCACGGACACUCCUUCGCGAAGGCGAAGCACUACGACCAGAACCGCUCGAAGCUGCAACAUGUGAGCGAGAACUACGACGGCCUGAACUUCGAUGUUCUCUUGACCUGGACGGCCGGACAACAGGGUCUUCAACGUCCGCGUUGACUCUCGAAACAUGAGAACGAACUGAAGCAGGGCGACCACGACGGCCCCGCGCCAUAUGGACGAGAUAGGAAAAACGAGCUAAGAAUUUAACUGUCCGCUUGUAAAAAUCCACAAUGAAACUUGUUUACUGUACAGCGAAUAUAUACUUGCUAGUUUACAUAUCACACUUUCUUCCCAUAAUCUCACGCCGGCACUUAAAACACACUGCCGACAAAUGCACUUGUGCUUGGGAAUUCAAGAAACCAUUUAUCUUUUGUUUCAUUACGCUUCGCUACAUUCAGGCAAAGAUAAAUGAACAAUCUUUUUCAGGAGUAAAAAUGACCCCAAAUUUGGAGUUAAAUUAGGAGUUAAAGUAAACCCAUAAAAGGGGUUAUCCUGUACCUAAAAUUUUGUACUCCAUUUUUGGAGUUAUAAUAACUCCCUAAAAAUUACUGUGAAUGCAGGUGAUGUUCACUGCUAAAUCCAGGAUAGUGCUCUACAAUGAAGGAGCUAUAAUAGUAGUAGGUGGACUACUCAAUAUGAGUACAUAUGGAGUGUAAUACAAAUUUGUUUCGUACAUCAAUAGAGUUGGUCCACUCAUCAGUUAAUCCCCAUACACGUUGGGUUAUGGUUAAGUUUACAUCGCAACAUGAUCGUGCGACACUGCUAACAGUUGCUAAUUUGAACAUCUGAAGUGCAUAUGCGCGCUUAUGAUUGGCUGCUUAAUGUACGUUAGCUAUACUUAAGAAUGUACUUUCUUCGAUGUCUGCAAGAAGAUACAAGUUCAAUGCGCUUGUUUAAAGUCGCCAUUUGCGGAUAACAAAUUAUGAAAAAUUUCUCGGUAAUACAUAAAUUGCAAAGUUUUGUGAGGUUAGUGUACGCCCUAGCCCUUGCGAGAAUAGUCCGUUUUACAGUUAAGGGGCAAACGAGGCUGGAGUUGAGCUUGUUUGAUACAACCCUACCUCUUUUAUUAUGUUAAUCCGUAUUAUGUUUAUGCUAACCAGUAUUUUUAGCAUAAUUUUCAUCAGAAAACGAAAGAGGUUUCUAUCAAAAGAAGGUCAACCCUAGCGUCACUUUCACUCAGAGGCUAGGGUAAUAAGGUCACAACUGUAAAAUGGUCUGUUUUCCAUGAAAUUGUGAAUUCAACUUUCUUUUCUUUUUUCAUAAGUCCUCAUAUGCGUUUCAAAUAAGCAACUGUUAGCAGUGUCGCACGAUCAUGUUGCGAUGUAAACUUAACGAUAGCCCAGUCUGUAUGGGAAUUAACUGAUGAGUGGACCAACUCUGUUGGUCUACGAAACAAAUUUUUGUUAAACACCAUAUGUACUCAUAUUGAGUAGUCCACCCACUACUAUAUAUAUAUAGUGGAGCUCUCGUUCGCGCGAAAGCACUAUGGGUGAUAAAGUCUGGUUAUCUAUGCAUCCGAAAGAAUUUAGUAAUUACGUGACCGUACGCCCGUCCACCCGUCCGUCCACACCACAGGCAAACCAAUGUGAAGUGUCAUUUUCUAACACGUGUGGCAGCCUGUAACCUGUUUUAAAAUGUUAAGCUUUAUUGACAGGUGUUGAAACAGGGUAUCCACUGACCAGUAUCAGAUGACCGUUUCGCGGGCUCAGAUAGCAACUCAUCCAGUCAACGUGUGUUUUUUUUUUAAGUUUUCCGCUGUCCAGUUAUUAACUUUAAAUUGAUCGGAGGCUUAAGUCUAACUCUUUGUUUUUUUUGUUUUUUUUUUUUAAGAGAGAUAAAAUAUCCUCAGAAGGCUGUUUUUUUCAGGUCCAUGUAUUUACCGUUUCAAUGUACUAACAGAAGCUUCUCUUUCUAGCUCUGGCUUUAUCUAUAUAUUGUCAAAUAAUAACUUUUAUUGUGCUCUGUGUAUUUAUUUUUUCUCAUUUGUGUUUUCUUCUUUAUUACUCAGAGCCAAAUGCUUCUCCAUCUAAUGUCAAGGGACAUAACACAAGUUCUACCAGUAUUUUGGUUCAUUGGGGUGAUGUUCCCCCAGCUGAUCAAAAUGGCAUCAUACUGAGAUACACAGUUGCCUACACAGCUCUUCCUGGUGGCAGUCAACAAACUAAGGUAGUGGAUGCUCCAACGACUGAAACCACUCUAACAGGACUCAAUAAAUUCACCAACUACAGCAUCACAGUGUUUGCCUCUACUGUCAAAGGGAAUGGAAAUGCUAGUGCGCCUACCACUGUUAUUACGGAUGAAGACAGUAAGUGUGCCUUUUUAUGUCAUAAAUUAAAUUAUAUUAUAUUUUUACUUUUACAUAAAGAAACUCAAGCUACGCAGCCUUAUCUAUUCGAUUAAUCUUCUGUGUUCUCUUCUUUGUUAUUCCGUCAGAGCCCAGUGCCCCUCCAUCUAAUGUGCAAGGACAUAACACAAGUUCUACCAGUAUUUUCGUUCAGUGGGGUGAUGUUCCCGCAGCUGAUCAAAAUGGCAUCAUACUGAAAUACACAGUUACCUACACAGCUCUUCCUAAUGGCAGUCCACAACCCAAGGUAGUGGAUGCUCCAGCAACUGACACAACACUUACAGGACUCAAUGAAUACACAAACUACAGCAUCACAGUGUUUGCCUCUACUGUGAAAGGAAAUGGAAAUGCUAGUGCGCCUAUUGUUGUAAUCACGGAUGAAGAUAGUAAGUUAAUAUAACUUGUGUCAUUUAACACUCUCUGAUAAAACGGAUAAACUGUUUAAUUCUGAGCGAAUUGUAAAUGCACGCGAUGUUCGCUAAAGCCUUACCAACUCUUCUGUAAAAACAAAUGAUAGUCCCUUAAAAGUUGAUUACAGCUGUAUUACUUCCUUGAGCACGCGCUAGCUUUCGUCAGCGGUCAAUCAAGGGCAGUUUUUAAGGGCUCGUUCGAUUCACCAUAUUGUGGAAUAGGUUAAGAUAGAAUAAUCUGGAAUAUUCGUUCGAUUGACCUGCUAUUUCAGUUCUGGAAUAAGCGGAAUAUUUUCCAAGCAUUCUGCUCCAGGAAGCAGGAUACUUGGAAUAAAGCGGAAUAAUGACAUUGUUUUCCUCGCGUCACGACUAGUUUUCACAACACCGUACUGAGCUUGUGUGGUUUCGCGAUCAUUUUUUCUUUAGAUCGAAAAAAGGCAAGUCGCAAACACGGCUUUGAUGGUUGUAAUUUUACAUGAUCUAGCUAGGUGAUGAUCACAGCCAAGUCAAGUUGCAAGUACAUAUGCAGCAAAAGAAACUCUUCAGCCGUUAAUAAUGAUUUGGAGAAACAACAUGUGAAAGCUAAUUUUCCGCCGUUUCGGUGACUUCAAGACGCCAUUAUCAAUGAACUGGAAAUAAAAAAGGCAGUUUCAAACUCAUCAGUUAGUUAUCUAUUAACGAAUAUGAACAAAAAAUGUUAAGUCCACCAAAACACACGACUGGACCAAUUGUUUAGCCGUAAGAACCACAUGUUACUUGCUAAACGUACGGCGCUUGUCUCUCUGCUUAUUUCUGUCUGUUAAAUGUCUAUUUUACUUUUGUUCUCGUUUCCUUGUAAUACAGAACCAAAGGCUCCCCCAUCCAAUGUUCAAGGACGUAACACAAGUUCUACCAGUAUUUUCGUUCAGUGGGGUGAUGUUCCCGCAGCUGAUCAAAAUGCCAUUAUACUGAAAUACACAGUUACCUACACAGCUCUUCCUAAUGGCAUUCCACAACCCAAGGUAGUGGAUGCUCCAGCAACUGACACAACACUGACAGGACUCAAUGAAUACACCAACUACAGCAUCACAGUGUUUGCCUCCACUGUUAAAGGGGAUGGAAAUGCUAGUGCUCCUAUUGUUGUUAUUACAGAUGAAGAUAGUAAGUUAAUAUAACUUGUGUCAUUUAACACUCUCUGAUAAAACGGAUAAACUGUUUAAUUCUGAGCAAAUUGUAAAUGCACGCGAUGUUCGCUAAAGCCUUACCACCUCUUCUGUAAAAACAAAUGAUAGUCCCUUAAUAGUUGAUUACAGCUGUAUUACUUACUUGAGCACGCGCUAGCUUUCGUCAGCGCUCAAUCAGGGGCAGUUUUUACGGGCUCGUUCGAUUCACCGUAUUGUGGAAUAGGUUAAGAUAGAAUAAUCUGGAAUAUUUGUUCGAUUGACCUGCUAUUUCAGUUCUGGAAUAAGCGGAAUAUUUUCCAAGCAUUCUGCUCCAGGAAGCAGGAUGUUUGGAAUAAUGUGGAAUGAUGACAUUGUUUUCCUCGCGUCAAGACUAGUUUUUACAACACUGUACUGAGCUUGUGUGGUUUCGCGAUCAUUUUUUCUUUAGAUCGAAAAAACGCAAGUCGCAAACACGGCUUUGAUGGUUGUAAUUUUACGUCAACUAGCUAGGUGAUGAUCACAGCCAAGUCAAGUUGCAAGUACUUAUGCAGCAAAACAAACUCUUCAGCCGUUAAUAAUGAUUUGGAGAAACAACAUGUGAAAGCUAAUUUUCCGCCGUUUCGGUGACUUCAAGACGCCAUUAUCAAUGAACUGGAAAUAAAAAAGGCAGUUUCAAACUCAUCAGUUAGUUAUCUAUUAACGAAUAUGAACAACAAAUGUUAAGUCCACCACAACACACGACUGGACCAAUUGUUUAGCCGUAAGAACCACAUGUUACUUGCUAAACGUACGGCGUUUGUCUCUCUGUUUAUUUUUUGUCUGUUAAAUGUCUAUUUUACUUUUUUUCUCGUUUCCUUGUAAUACAGAACCAAAGGCUCCCCCAUCCAAUGUUCAAGGACGUAACACAAGUUCUACCAGUAUUUUCGUUCAGUGGGGUGAUGUUCCCGCAGCUGAUCAAAAUGGCAUUAUACUGAAAUACACAGUUACCUACACAGCUCUUCCUAAUGGCAGUCCACAACCCAAGGUAGUGGAUGCUCCAGCAACUGACACAACACUGACAGGACUCAAUGAAUACACCAACUACAGCAUCACAGUGUUUGCCUCCACUGUUAAAGGGGAUGGAAAUGCUAGUGCUCCUAUUGUUGUUAUUACAGAUGAAGAUAGUAAGUUAAUAUAACUGGUGUCAUUUAACACUCUCUGAUAAAACGGAUAAACUGUUUAAUUCUGAGCAAAUUGUAAAUGCACGCGAUGUUCGCUAAAGCCUUACCACCUCUUCUGUAAAAACAAAUGAUAGUCCCUUAAAAGUUGAUUACAGCUGUAUUACUUCCUUGAGCACGCGCUAGCUUUCGUCAGCGCUCAAUCAGGGGCAGUUUUUACGGGCUCGUUCGUUUCACCGUAUUGUGGAAUAGGUUAAGAUAGAAUAAUCUGGAAUAUUCGUUCGAUUGACCUGCUAUUUCAGUUCUGGAAUAAGCGGAAUGUUUUCCAAGCAUUCUGCUCCAGGAAGCAGGAUGUUUGGAAUAAUGUGGAAUGAUGACAUUGUUUUCCUCGCGUCAAGAGUAGUUUUCACAACACCGUACUGAGCUUGUGUGGUUUCGCGAUCAUUUUUUCUUUAGAUCGAAAAAAGGCAAGUCGCAAACACGGCUUUGAUGGUUGCAAUUUUACGUGAUCUAGCUAGGUGAUGAUCACAGCCAAGUCAAGUUGCAAGUACAUAUGCAGCAAAAAAAACUCUUCAGCCGUUAAUAAUGAUUUGGAGAAACAACAUGUGGAGUUGUGGAGGUCUCGAGGUGGAGUUGUAGGUCUAUAUUUAGCGGACAAUUUUGAUUUUAAAUGUCGACCUGACUUAGUUUUUUCUUGCACUGAAUGUGCUGAGUCUUUGUUUGUGGAAAUCAAUAGGCCGAAAGAGAAAAAUAUAAUUGUAGGUGUGGUUUACAGGCCACCAAAUUCAAAUUUACGAGAUUUUAUGAAUAGCCUGGAUUCGUUGCUUGCAAGUAUCUCUAAGGAAAACAAGAUUUGCUAUGUUUUAGGUGACUGGAAUCUAGACUUAAUCAACCACCAUUGUCACGACACAACUGGAGAAUUGUUAGAAACUAUGUAUUCAAGAAUGUUUUUUCCAUUGAUCACACGUCCGACAAGAAUAACUUCUAACACGGCUACGCUAAUUGAUAAUAUUUUGACGAAUAAUUUAAACAACUUAUCUGUUAGCGGGCUGAUGUUUUGUGAUAUAUCUGAUCAUCUUCCGAUUUUCACACUGCUUUUUGAUGAAAACAAGAACUUAAAUAAAACUUCUUGGCUUUCUUUUCGUGAUAAAAGUGGAAAUAAUGUCGCUAAGUUUUAAGAUAGGCUUGCAAACGUUCAUUGGGAUGAAUUAUCUGAAUGUAAAGAUACUGAUUGCGCUUAUCGGUGUUUUCUUGAUAAAUACACUACCAUUUACAAUGACUGCUUUCCUCUCAAAAAAGUGAAAGUAAAGAAUGUUACUUUGAGCAAACCAUGGAUAACUAAAGGUCUUCUUAAAUCGGUAAGAAAAAAGAAUUUAUUAUACAAGCGUUUCCUUGCUAACCCAACUCCAUAUCGUGAGAAACUUUACAAGAGUUAUAAAAACAAAUUGACACAUUCCCUUCGCGUUGCUAAACGUCUCUACUACAAUAAAAAGUUAGAUGAAUAUAAAUCAAAUGCAAAAUAAACUUGGAAAUUACUUAACGAUCUUAUUAACAAGAAGAAAAUUAAGUGUAAGUUGCCUUCCACCUUCAAAUCUAAUGAAGAAGAAAUAUGUAAUCCUACUCAUAUAGCAAACCGUUUUUGCGAGUAUUUUACGAAUAUUGGACCUAACUUAGCUAAAUCGAUUCCGGCGUCUGACAAAUCUCAUCGUUCUUUUCUGAAUGGAGGCUUUAUUAAUUCAUUUUUUCUUCAAUUGGCAUCAGAACAAGAAGUCACUGAGAUUUGUAGCAGCUUUCGAUCCGGUGCUGCUCCAGGAUAUGAUAGUAUUUCAAUGAAUGUUGUUAAAGAGUCUUUUAACUUAAUCUGCGCACCAUUGACGUAUAUAAUUAACUUGUCUCUUAAUUCUGGAGUUGUGCCCCAAGAGAUGAAAAUUGCACGAGUUAUUCCAUUGUUUAAAUCUGGUGAUAAAUCUUUGUUCACAAAUUACAGACCCGUAUCAGUGUUACCAGUUUUCUCUAAAUUCCUAGAGAGAAUCGUCUACAAUCGCCUCAUUAAUUUUUUAAAUAAAUAUGAUAUUCUUUCCCGGAAUCAGUAUGGAUUCAGAAAAAAUUAUUCUACUGCACAUGCUUUAAUCCAAUUGUAUGACAAGAUCUCAAAUGCACUUGAUAAUAAAAGGGUAACUUUAGGCCUAUUCAUUGACUUAUCUAAGGCCUUUGAUACAGUAAGUCAUGAAAUUUUGCUCGACAAAUUAGAACAUUAUGGAGUACGUGGUAUUGCUUUACAAUGGUUUAAAAGUUAUCUAUCUUGUCGAAAACAAUUUGUGCAAUAUAAUGGUUACAACUCUAUAUCACUUGCGGAGUCCCUCAGGGAUCUAUCUUAGGUCCCCUGUUAUUCUUAGUAUAUAUAAAUGAUCUAUGUAAUAUGUCAAAGGUCUUAGAGCUGAUACUAUUUGCUUAUGACACUAAUAUCUUCUAUUCGCAUACUGAUGCUUCCUAUCUUAUGGAAGUUGUAAAUUUAGAAUUGAAAAAGAUAACGUGUUGGUUUUAUACAAAUAAGCUAUCUAUUAAUGUUAAGAAAUCUAAUUUUAUCAUAUUCAGACCGAGACAAAACAGGCAAACACUUGAUUUAGCUUUUAAUAAUAUAUAGAUUUAGCCAGGGCUAAAAGCGAAGCUCUGGUUAAUAAUACUUGUAAACAAAACAAAAUGAAAUCUUGUAAUGCUAAACGGGCAGGGCAAUGAAAAUGGCAUCAAGAUCAAUAGAUCUAAUUAGCCUAAAACAAAUUGCACGUGCAGCACACAUUUCUAAUUAGCAAAAAAAACAAAUUUGCACGUGCAGCACGCUUUUUGUCUUUUUUUGCGUUGUUUUGCACAACUACAACGCUGUUUUGUAGGACUAAAACGCCAAACUUCCUAGUUACACAUUAUUUUUAUGGAGGAAUUGUCGUAUGUGCUUACCCAAUAUUGUGUCUCCUGUGUUCUUCGCUUUUAUUUUUCACUGCCGCUCAUUUUCACCUUGCUGGCCGCUAGCAUUUCUCAUUUUCUCACAGCCGCUUUGAAUUUUCAUGUUUUUCUUCCUACAAAAUUCGUUUUUUUUGUUUUCAAUCACUCGCUCUAGCUCUUUCUCUCAAAUAACGUCGAAAAAGACACGGCUUUGUUGUUGUUUUUUCUUUCUAAAAGUCCGGGCGGCCAUGCGAUUUCUUUCCAAAUAAAACCUUGAGUUGCAUUUUGGUUGCCAUACCUGUUGAUUGAAUUAUUUUACAUUGGUAUGCCUGUGGUGCGGACGGACGGUCGGGCGGGCGGUCGGUGUACGGUCACGUGAUUACCAAAUUAUCUCGGAUGGGUAGUUUACCACAUUUCUUUACCCAUGGUGCUCCGCUGCGCGCGCUUCGCGCGCGAGAGCUCCGCUAUUAGUAAUUAUUCGAUUGACCGUGUUAAGGAAGCUACUUUUCUUGGUGUAAUUUUGGAUGAACAUUUAACAUGGAAAUCACAUAUACAUAAUGUUGCUAGGAAAGUGUCUAAAGCCAUAGGUAUAAUUUAUAAAUCAAGUUUUUGCCUUAAUAAUUCCUCCUUACGGAUGCUUUAUUUUAGCCUUAUCUACCCAUACUUAUUCUACUGCGUGAGCGUUUCGGCAUCGACCUACCCAUCAAACCUCAGAAGAUUAAUCACACUUCAAAAACGGGUCGUAAGAAUAAUGUCGAGGAGUGCUUUCGAUGCUCACACUGACCCCUUAUUUAAAAAUUUAAAAAUUCUGAAUCUUGAGAGUAUCUACAAACUUCAAAUAGGAAAAUUUAUGUAUCAAUACAGAUCUGGCUUACUUCCUUAUAGCUUCAAUAACAUGUUUCUGGUGACACGCCAGGUGCAUUCUUAUGGCACUAGAAGCUCGGAGCAUUUUUGUUUACCACAAUGUAGGACUAAUAUAAGAAAGUUCUCCUUCAGUUUCCAAGGUCCUAAAUUUUUUAACUCUCUUAGUUUUGAAAUUCGAAAUGCAACAAGUACCGCUUCCUUUUGCUGUAAGCUGAAAGCACUCCUCUUAUCAUAAAUACAGGGUUCGCAAAUACGCCAAAUUUGGCGUAUUUUACGCCAAAAUUGUUCAGAUGACUCCAUAGAGGUUACAGAGGAAGUCACUUCGACUCGAGAAAUUUUCGGUAACAAACAGGGAGCCACUUCGACUCCAGAAAUUUUCGGUAACUAACACAGUUUUGUCCUUACCUUUUUCGCAACAAACACAAUUUACGUUAAUUGUAAACGUUGUAAACCUUAAUUAAAUCAUCAAAAUUAAAGAAUUAUACUGCACGACAAAAACAGGAAGAGGGCCGUAAAGUGCGAUCAAAGUUUACUCGAUGACCGCCAUCAUGGAUUUGAGCUUUCCAGGUCAGCGGACCGCCACAGCUACUUAGUGUAUCCUUCACGAUAGUGUAUACAUGCCAGGACCACGUGCUGGAAAGUCUAAAAAUGGCUUUUUUUAUUGUGAUACUUGACUCCAAAUAUUCCAAAAUGACUCCAAAAUUUGUGAAGCAGAAGUCACAGUGACUACACUCAUCAAUAAAAUUUGCAAACCGUGAUAAAUAGUAAUUUAUAUAUAUGUAUAUAUGUAUUUUUUUUUCUUCCUUUGCUCUUUUAUUUUAUUUUGUUUUGUUUUGUUUUUUUCUUUUUGUCAUUUCGCUUUUUUUAGCCUAGAACUAUGAUUAGUACGACUAUCUAAUAUACUUAUUUUAAGAUUUACUGUAGCUCUGCCAUUGAUUUUCCCGUGUGUAAUUAUGAUAAUAUUUUGUUCUAAUUAUCUAACUGAGGGAGCCCAUUCCUUAUAAGCCCGGUGGCUUCUCUUGGGCUUCCUCGCCAUGAGAGUUAAGGUAAUUAGAUUUUAUUUGAUUUGUAUAAUUUUUGGCAAACAAAACAAUAAACAAAGCUAAUUUUCCGCCGUUUCGGUGACUUCAAGACGCCAUUAUCAAUGAACUAGGAAUAAAAAAGGCAGUUUCAAACUCAUCAGUUAGUUAUCUAUUAACGAAUAUGAACAACAAAUGUUAAGUCCACCACAACACACGACUGGACCAAUUGUUUAGCCGUAAGAACCACAUGUUACUUGCUAAACGUACGGCGCUUGUCUCUCUGCUUAUUUCUGUCUGUUAAAUGUCUAUUUUACUUUUGUUCUCGUUUCCUUGUAAUACAGAACCAAAGGCUCCCCCAUCCAAUGUUCAAGGACGUUACACAAGUUCUACCAGUAUUUUCGUUCAGUGGGGUGAUGUUCCCGCAGCUGAUCAAAAUGGCAUCAUACUGAAAUAUACAGUUACCUACACAGCUCUUCCUAAUGGCAGUCCACAACCCAAGGUAGUGGAUGCUCCAGCAACUGACACAACACUGACAGGACUCAAUGAAUACACCAACUACAGCAUCACAGUGUUUGCCUCCACUGUUAAAGGGGAUGGAAAUGCUAGUGCUCCUAUUGUUGUUAUUACAGAUGAAGAUAGUAAGUUAAUAUAACUGGUGUCAUUUAACACUCUCUGAUGAAACGGAUAAACUGUUUAAUUCUGAGCGAAUUGUAAAUGCACGCGAUGUUCGCUAAAGCCUUACAACCUCUUCUGUAAAAACAAAUGAUAGUCCCUUAAUAGUUGAUUACAGCUGUAUUACUUCCUUGAGCACGCGCUAGCUUUCGUCAGCGCUCAAUCAGGGGCAGUUUUUACGGGCUCGUUCGAUUCACCGUAUUGUGGAAUAGGUUAAGAUAGAAUAAUCUGGAAUAUUUGUUCGAUUGACCUGCUAUUUCAGUUCUGGAAUAAGCGGAAUAUUUUCCAAGCAUUCUGCUCCAGGAAGCAGGAUGCUUGGAAUAAUGUGGAAUGAUAACAUUGUUUUCCUCGCGUCAAGACUAGUUUUCACAACACCGUACUGAGCUUGUGUGGUUUCGCGAUCAUUUUUUCUUUAGAUCGAAAAAAGGCAAGUCGCAAACACGGCUUUGAUGGUUGUAAUUUUACGUGAUCUAGCUAGGUGAUGAUCACAGCCAAGUCAAGUUGCAAGUACAUAUGCAGCAAAAGAAACUCUUCAGCCGUUAAUAAUGAUUUGGAGAAACAACAUGUGAAAGCUAAUUUUCUGCCGUUUCGGUGACUUCAAGACGCCAUUAUCAAUGAACUGGAAAUAAAAAAGGCAGUUUCAAACUCAUCAAUAUGAACAAAAAAUGUUAAGUCCACAACAACACACAACUGGACCAAUUGUUUAGCCGUAAGAACCACAUGUUACUUGCUAAACGUACGGUGCUUGUCUCUCUGCUUAUUUUCUGUCUGUUAAAUGUCUAUUUUACUUUUUUUCUCGUUUCCUUGUAAUACAGAACCAAAGGCUCCCCCAUCCAAUGUUCAAGGACGUAACACAAGUUCUACCAGUAUUUUCGUUCAGUGGGGUGAUGUUCCCGCAGCUGAUCAAAAUGGCAUCAUACUGAAAUACACAGUUACCUACACAGCUCUUCCUAAUGGCAGUCCACAACCCAAGGUAGUAGAUGCUCCAGCAACUGACACAACACUGACAGGACUCAAUGAAUACACCAACUACAGCAUCACAGUGUUUGCCUCCACUGUUAAAGGGGAUGGAAAUGCUAGUGCGCCUAUUGUUGUUAUUACGGAUGAAGAUAGUAAGUUAAUAUAACUUGUGUCAUUUAACACUCUCUGGUAAAAUGGAUAAACUGUUUCACUCUGAUCGAAUUGUAAAUGAAAGCGGACGUUCGCUAACGCCUAACCAACUCUACCGUAAAAACAAAUGAUAGUCCCUUAAAAGUUGAUUACAGUAUCACUUCCUUGAGCACGCGCUAGCUUUCGUCAGCGCUCAAUCAGGGGAAUUUUUUAAGGGCUCGUUCGAUCCACCGUCAUUUUAUUGUGGAAUAGGUUAAGAUAGAAUAAUCUGGAAUAUUUGUUGGAUUGACCUGCUAUUUCAGUUCUGGAAUAAGCGGAAUAUUUUCCAAGCAUUCUGCUCCAGGAAGCAGGAUGCUUGGAAUAAUGUGGAAUAAUGACAUUGUUUUCCUCGCGUCAAGACUAGUUUUCACAACAACGUACUGAGCUUGUCUGGUUUCGCGAUCAUUUUAUCUUUAAAUCGAAAAAAGGCAAGUCGCAAACACGGCUUUGAUGGUUGUAAUUUUACGUGAUUUAGCUAGGUGAUGAUCACAGCCAAGUCAAGUCGCAAGUAUAUGCGCAGCAAAAAAAACUCCUCAGCCUUUAGUAAUGAUUUGGAGAAACAACAUGUAAAAACUAAUUUUCCGCCGUUUCGGUGACUUCAAGACGCCAUUAUCAAUGAACUGGAAAUAAAAAAAGGCAGUUUCAAACUCAUCAGUUAGUUAUCUAUUAACGAAUAUGAACAAAAAAUGUUAAGUCCACCAAAACACACGACUGGACCAAUUGUUUAGCCGUAAGAACCACAUGUUACUUGCUAAACGUACGGCGCUUGUCUCUCUGCUUAUUUCUGUCUGUUAAAUGUCUAUUUUACUUUUUUUCUCGUUUCCUUGUAAUACAGAACCAAAGGCUCCCCCAUCCAAUGUUCAAGGACGUAACACAAGUUCUACCAGUAUUUUCGUUCAGUGGGGUGAUGUUCCCGCAGCUGAUCAAAAUGGCAUCAUACUGAAAUACACAGUUACCUACACAGCUCUUCCUAAUGGCAUUCCACAACCCAAGGUAGUGGAUGCUCCAGCAACUGACACAACACUGACAGGACUCAAUGAAUACACCAACUACAGCAUCACAGUGUUUGCAUCAACUUUCAAGGGAGGCGGAAAUGUUAGCAAACCUAUUAUUGUCAUCACAGAUGAAGACAGUAAGUUGCCAUUUCGUAUUAGGAGAUUUGCAUUAAACAGCCGUUGUUUAUCAAUGCACGCUCGCGCCAAAAUCUCUUAGAACACUAUUUAUGUAUUUAUUUAUCUAUUUAUUUACUUUGGUGUCAAUUUCGAUGAUGAGUUGCUUAUGUCUUAAUUUCAAGCAAAUGUGGUACAUUUCGCAGUGAAUUUGUUGUGCGUAAAUUGUGUCAUUAAUGAAAGGAAUAUCAAACUCGUUUUAAUACCGCGUUGUGUUUUUUGAUAAUCUUUCUGUAUAAAAUGAGUCUCUUUUUUUUCUUCUUUAAUUGUUACUUAGAGCCAAAUGCCCCUCCAUCUAAAGUCCGGGGACGCAACACAAGUUCUACCAGCAUUUUGGUUGAGUGGGGGAAAGUGCCACCAGCUGAUCAAAAUGGCAUCAUACUGAGAUACACAGUUAACUACACAGCGCUUCCUAAUGGCAGUGAACAAACCAAGGUAGUGGAUGCUCCAAUAACUCAAGCAAAUCUAACAGGACUCAAUGAAUACACCAACUACAGCAUUACAGUGUUUGCCUCUACUGUAAAGGGAGAUGGAAAUGCUAGUGCACCUACUUUUGUAAUCACGGAUGAAGAUAGUAAGUUAAUCGUUGUUGUGGAAAGUAUUUCAUCAUAACAAAUCGCUUCCGCUUAAAUAUAGUAAAAUACGGUAUAUUGUUGACUGACAGUUCCGUAGCGUGGUUUUGGAUCGGUAGGUCUUGUGAUGGGGUCAUUAGAUGGAGAUGGCGAGAAUUUGGCUGCUAUUUGAAUUUAAUUUGUUGCUUGUUUAGAUGAAGGCAGGAUAUAUGUUGUAAAAAGUGCUUUUUGUAUAGUUUUGCUCCUCGGCUUGGAGAACGCGGUAAGGCUUGAAAGAACACGGGAAACUGUCGACGUUAAGACUUAUCAUAGUUGAGACGAUAUGGAUCCGAUGGUAUUUACUAUUUACCGCACUAGUCGCCAAAAAGGAGCCGUGUGUCACGAAAUCUAUCAAAAUUCAAACAUUGGCAUGGGAACUGCCUCCAAAUUGAGUGAAAUAAUAACCGCUCAAAAAGCAAGUUAGAAGAAGGUAUGAAUGACGCAGCAAAUACAAAACGAAGGACGGAUGGACAAACUGGAAGAAGACUGAAGGAGAUUGCAAUUGUGGUUUUUGAAAACUUGUGCUCCUAACAGUUUUUCAAAGUUUAUUUGUGGUCGUUUGUAACGAUUGAUAUGAUGCUUGGGAGAUAUAUUUUGUUUGACACAAAGCUGUGAUUUAGUCAUUCACAGGUAAUUUCUCAAGUUUCAUCUCGUAAUUGGCAUUUUUAACAAAAUGAACGAGACAGACUUGACACAGCUCCUUUAAGAAUGCAUUUGAUCAAUGUGUCUCCUUUUUUUCUCAACAGAGCCCAAUGCUCCUCCAUCUAAUGUCCAGGGAUACAUAAGAAGUCCUACCAGUAUUUUGGUUGAGUGGGGUGAUGUUCCCGCAGCUGAUCAGAAUGGCAUUAUACUGAGUUACACAGUUACCUACUGGACGCCUCCUGGUGUCAGUCAACAAACCAAGGUAGUCAGUGCCCCAACAACUGAAGCAACACUGAUGGGUCUUGAUGAGCACACCAACUACACGAUCACAGUGUUUGCCUCUACUGUCAAAGGAGGUGGAAUUGUCAGUGAACCUAUCACUCUUCGUACUGAUGAAGACAGUGAGUUUUCAAAUUGUUUUAAAUUUUUGUAAAUGUUAUGUAAAUUAUAACUUGUUUACCCACGGAGCACUUAGGAGUUCUUAUGAACUCGUUGAAACGUGUCCGUGCGUUCCAGAUCGAAUUGGAAUUUGGAAGUGUCGGUUUUUACGGAGAGGGGAAUACCGGAGUACCGGGAAAAAAACCUCUUGGAGCAAAGGAAGCAGAAAUACAACUUGUGAUAAGGGGUGCUCCUUGCUCUUUCACAAAGUAAUGUUUUUCACAGAGGGUAGCAAAUAAAAAAUCUUUUGGUUUCUUUUCUCGACCAUUAUAUUUUCUGAAGUAGUUAAAAGACACGUCCUUUCCUAUGAUCUGAAGAAUUAUGCAGAUCUCUUAUUAUCCUCCUCGAUCUGCCUUACCGUAAAUGAUCUAAUUGACACCCGAAAGGUUUAUUAAACUUUAACGGUCCAAGGAGUCGUUUAUUUUCAUAACUGUAACAAGUUCAACAAAACCAAUAUGCUUUCGACGAAAAUAUCAAAAGAGUUUAACAAUAGCGGAAUAUCCAGUCCAUCAAUUGAUGCGACUAGGCCGUCUUGAGAUCCCUAUCGCUCUUUCAAAUCUCAACUGAUGAACAAAUGCAACGAUGUCACAAUACUCGCCGAGAGUCAUUGUGUUGUCAUCGUUAGUCCAUCCUUAUUUGAACUUGAUAGUGAAUAAAAUAUAAUGCUUAAGAAACUGAACAAAUUGAAUGAUUCUGAUCCUUUUUUCCAGUUCCUAAUAUUUUGGAGUAAAUGUCACGGGGGGCGCCUAUUAGACAGGGAGCGUUUGUUACAGAGAUGCAUCUAGUACAAACUUAACGUUGUAGAGCUGGCGUUUUUCAAAUAAGAGGCGUUUAUUUGAGAGUUGGCGUCUAUUAGAUCAUUUACGGUAUUCUUUAGACCCUAGAGCGCUUUCAUAAUAACGGUCUUUUAAUAAUUAUAUUCUUUUAUAUGUAUGAUAAUAAGCCUUUCUGACCAAAUAGCAUGUGCAAAUUACAAAAUAAUUCUUACUUUCAAACGAGAUCAGAAGGGCCCAUUUAUAUCCAACCGAUUUUUUGAAAACCAACUUAAGGAAAUUUGCAGUCAUUUGAGUGAAAAGGCGUCAAAAGGAAGGUUUCUUAAGCCCGAGAAGCUCCAAAAUCACAGGAAAAGGAAAAGGAGAAAAAGAAGGAGCGAGGAGAAGGAAAGGAGGAGAAGAGAAAAAAGGCAUUGGUUGCAUUCUUAGUUUUUCAGUAAUAGCGACUUUGGAGUUUUUGGCCGAAAAAAACUGUUGGACGCAAAAGGUCCAUUUGGCGAUAACUUUUUCAAAAUCCGACUUAUUAUACAUACGAAAGAAUAAAUAAAUGGGCCACCAUUACGAAAGAGGUCUAUCCUCAACUUUAUCCAAAAAUUUCUACUAUUGUUUAUUCAAAAUAUUCCGCCGUUUCAGAUUGCUUCAAAUUCCCCGCCUAAUUCUUCAUAACCAGUUGGCGUUGACCAAAUACUAUCGAAUACCAUCGAUUGGGCAGCCUCGUUUCCAGGCAAAUAUCGCAUCGAUCAACCUCGUUUCAAGACGCGCCGAGAAGCCUAGCUUUCUAUUCCCGAGUGAACUUUAGAAAAUAUAUAUAUAUGGUGUUUACGGCUUUGUGAAGACGAAAUAGCUGAAUUUCUGGUUAAAACUGAACGGAAGAAUGCAAGAAUUUGCCAAACAUAAUGCUCGAUGGAUGUUGUCUACCAUUGAGGAGAAUUUGUAAGGAAAGAAAACGUCUGUUUACAUUCUGAAACCGUGCUAAAGUUUUGAAGAAAGUCUACGAGGAGGUGGCUUUGUUAAGAACUUAGAAAUGCUGUGAAUGAAUAUUGAAUUUAGCUUUCGUAUGAUGAAUUUUUUUGAAUUUAUCUUUUGUAUGAUGUGUAGAAUUUUGCCGAUCGAGGAGAGCGUUGUAAAACUAAGCCGAACACAUCCUACUCCGCCUCAUUCAAUAAUUGUUAAAUAAUCAAGGGGCAGCUAAUUCCAAACGUGUUUUUUUUUUUUUUUUACAGAGCCUUCUGAGUCUCCGGAAAUAACCAGCGUGACGGUAUUAGACACUACCAGUGUUUUCUUGAAAUGGAAACCUGUUCCUCGAGCGUCCCAGAAUGGCAUUAUCAGAAAUUACACCAUACACUUCAGAGACGUGGAAAAUAAAGGAAAUGGCGCAGUGACCGUCAAAGCACCCGCUGUAAAUGCAACUGUUAAUGGACUGAGGCAGAAGGCAGAAUAUCAGUUUCGGAUUGCGGCUGCAACUUCAGUAGGUUAUGGACCAUUUAGUGACCCUAUCACGGCUACGACAAAAGGUAAAGGACACUACACAGCUACCCCUCGAAGCCGGGGGUGUGGGGGGUGUGGGGGGUUGAGGUUUGGGAAUGAAGAAUGGUCUAGUUCCUUGCACCGACCCUGAGGUAAAUAGUUGUUUUUGUAUUUAUCAAAUCUGUUGGAUGUAAAACAAAUAGAUAAAAAUAAUAUAAAUAAAUGAAAUAAAUUAAAAGUUUGUCACUUUGUAAGAGCAUUGUUUACAAAUAUUCCAGGGAUCUCGUGAAAUGCAUUUGUAUGAUUCGCUAAACUGGUGUACCCGGAACCGUGGAAGAACCUCUCGCAGCUAGGCAGAGCUAGCCACAAGAUCAAACCAAAUGUGUCGUCAGCGCCGUAUUGCUAUUAUCACUGUUGCACCUUUGUUUUGCUUCUCGCGUGAGCGACAAGAGUUCAUUUAGCAUACCGUGUGGCAGGAAAUUUUUGCGGGUUCUAAUUUUUGCGAUUUUUGUGAUUUUUUCAGCGAUCUGCAAAACAAGUUCCCCCAAAUGUAAAUUGCUGCAAGCAUUUUAUCUGCAAAAAUUAACUCCAGAGUAAAUAUUCUUCAAAUUCGGUACACAAAAAGACAGUACUAAGAAAUCCCGUCUGUUCAUUCAAUUGAAACUUGCCUCUUUCAUUCAGAAACAAGACGGUAUACAAUGAAAUACUAGUUUAACAUAGGGUACCCAUACCGUAGUUUUGUUUGAAAAUAUGUAUUUCUUGCUGCACGUACUUAACAAAAACGAAAAUUUUAUCCAGGCUUGGUACUGGGUACUUCCUGAAAAUCGCAAAAAUUAAUUCCCAGCAAGAAAAACCACCUUGUCCUGAACGCAAAAAUUAGUUCCCGCAAAACACAAAAAAUCGCCAAUCCGAAAAAAUAAACUCUUGCAAAAUUUUCGGUAGCUGAGACUCCCUGGAGGUGAUACUUUUAGACAUUUUGCAAAAAGUCGUCUUAGCCGUUUAUGGUCUCAAUCUGUCCACUUGUAGUCUUCUACAAAGAGCCUCGACAAAAAUUGCCCGAAGCUAACUUAAAAGGAGAAACCAACACCAUUAUUUCAGAUACAUGUAUAUCAACAAAAAACGAUCGUUAAGAAGAAAAACUGAUUCGCGAUUUAGUUUCGCGUAUAAAAGACAAUUUUCAAGUUUCGAAAACCCACAUUCAUAAAAUGAGGCUCCUCAACUUAAAGAAGAAAAACUUCAUCAACUCUACACUUCUAAGUACUAAAUUGUUGUUGUUUGUUUGUUGUAGCCGUGCCGACAAUAUCGCCGCCUCAAGGAGAUGCCAUUGGAACAAAUGAAGUUAAAGUGCCGUUUGUUAACAAGGCAACCUUAAGCAGUGGCAAGCCAGUUACGUAAGUCCGCCAUAUACUUUGCUCUACUCCAGAACUGAUCCAUCCAUCUUGGGGUCUAUAUAUCCUUCAUGAAGUGUGUUUGUGUUUUUUUUAUUUUUAUUUUUAUGUAGUUGAAAAGCCCACAAAGGAAAACCUCUAUUUGUUGAAAUUUAUGAGCCGUUAGAAAGAAUUUCUGCAGCCUUUUCAUCCGACUUCCUUGUCGGGGAGAAACCAUAGUAACCGUAGAAGCCAUAGAUUUCGCAGGUCAAAGCUUUGACCUCAUAGACUUAAAGUGUUGCCUGCUUGGAAACUUUGGCGUGAAACAGGUUCAAAGUUAACUUUUAUGUGACCUCGAAGUAACCGCUUUCGGGAGAAUAAUUCCAUCAUAGUUAUCUAACUAUACCUUGUAUUAUCUCUGCAGCUAUUUUCAGAUGAUCGUCACGCCAUUAAAGGGAAAGGAAGACGAUCCCGGAAACUCUGCGGAUGCUAAAUACGAAACAGUCGACCUGACUUAUGAUACUCGGCAGGAAGGCAAGCCUUACAUUACUGCCGAGUUUCGAAAGGGCAAGUUUACAACAGAAUUCCCAGUUGGAGACGGGAAAUACUACUCACGAAACGGUGUAACCGACUCUAGAAGGAAACGCAGAGCUGUCGGUAAGUUGGCUCUAAACCCUGGGCUCACUCUGCCAUUUGGUCCAAAGGUGGAUGUGACUGACUGAGCCAGUGACACCAGACAGGGUAUGGGUAUUUGAUCUUGCGUCUUACACAGCGUACAGAAUUUCACCAGUUAGUGUCUUGAACAGGGUAUCGUCCAGCAACGAAUCUGCCUUGAACAGGGUUGAAUAUACAGUGCGCGAUCCAUAUGUAUGAUCUGUUUUCAUAAGUUCAAUAUGUUUACCCCGAUAUAACGAUAUUUUACACUCGCCAAAUCAAAUAAACCAAGGAGAUGUUAUAUAAAUAAAGUAUAUUUUGGUUAUGUUAAAAAGUUUCCUGUCCUUACUAGUAAGCGAGAUUAUCAUUCGCAGCAAAUUUUUCUUUCUUUUCAUUGGCCGAGGGCCCACCACGUGACCUAGAAAUAACUGCCUACAAAUAAUGGUCUGCUCAUGUACAAUGCCGUCCAACAGUGUUUGGCUGCAAAUAAUAUUCUGCUCAUGCGUAAAGGAAACCGUGCUUUUCUCCUUCUUGCGAUCGCUCUUGCGUGAAAAUGGCAGAUCGCUUCGCUUCCCAAGGAUAUUCGUUAAAAAGCAAACUCGGUGAUCGAAUGAUCAAACAAUUAUUGAACCCGGUUAUCGCAAAACAUCGUGGUUUGUCAGUGUCUCGCAGAUCAAUUACUUGCCUCAGCCUUCGGCCUCGGCAAAUAAUUGAUCUGCUCGCUACAGACAAAUCACGAUAUUUUGCUCAACCUCGUCCAAUAAUUGUUAAUUAGCGUCCCCACCCUUCCCACUCCUCCCCCAGUCUCAAAACAAAGGGCUUGAUGGCUAAUAAUACUAACAAUACCAGCAUUUUGAUUUCAGAGGUUUUUUCUGCAUUGAUCUACCGUUACUUUCUUUCCGCGGUGAAACUGUCAAAUGAACUCUGCCACUGAAAAGUUAUGCUGCUUCUCACUAAAGGAUGGUUUUCACUAGCGACGGAGUCCAAGUCGGAAUCGUAAACGGGAGUCACUAGCACGACGGAAUCGGAGUCAGAAGAAUCAGAGCGUUUCUAUUUUCUUCCGAUUCCGCUUACGACUUCAUCGCUUACGUUCCGCUUAUGAUCUAGUGAAAACCAGCUUGUCAGGGACGGAAGCAGAAGCGGAAGGAUAAUGCAAUAUAAUCACAAUGCACGUUCCCACGCUUUGUGAUUGGUUUAGUUCUUCCGUGUCUGCUUGCAACUCCGACGACCCAGUUUUCACUUGAUCGUAAACGACGGCAGGCGAAAGCGGACUCAAAAGAAUCACAACGCUGUUUUCACUAAAUCGUAAAGUUCUUUAGUCUUUUCUGAUUUCGACUCCGUCGCUGAUGAAAACCAGCCUUAAAUUCUGGCUAAACGAAAACCGCUCGGUGGACAAACGUAGAGCCCCUCGGGGAGAUAUUCGUAUGGUAAGCCCAGUUCAAACGGACGCGGAUCAAUUUAGGUUUCUGGGAAACUGACCACCCACCCCUCCCCUAAGUCAACAUUAUCACUUACUUCCCACUUAGGGCAAACUGUUGGCUUAGGGGAGGGGUAGGUGGGCAGUUUCCCAGAAACGUAAAUUUAUCCACGGACGCAACAUUGUUGGCGAACAACUCCCAAAAGUGUUGGAUGUUACAUCUUGCGUUCGUUUGCUCACCCUGGGACAUGUUGUUUACAACUUCCUAUGGGUUGGUUGUAACUUUUCCACGACGCACUGCAGGUCCCAACAUUGUGUGGGAGUUGUUGCGUCCGUUUGCACCUAGCAUGAGAGUUAAGACAUCGAACACUGAUUUUCUAACUAUGACGUUUCUUUGUUUUGCUUUACUAGUUGAAAAGUAUCUAAACGGAGAGCUUGACGAUGAUACCAAGUAUGCUGUAUUUCAGCGUUCCUUUGAUAAGGAUGAUAAUUACGAGAACGAAGGCUUUAUCAUAUUCACCACCAACAAGGACAACACGGCCGCCAUUGUAGCAGGGGUGGUUGUUCCGCUCAUUGUGUUGGCUAUUAUUGUAGUAGUAGUCAUCGUCUAUCUUCGUCGAAGAAACAAGGAUCAAGCCGUUGAUGGGGAAGACGUGCCCAUGAAUUCCAAGCCACACCGUACUAAAUCAGUCUCCGCGUUUUUCCGAAGAUCAGGAAUUGGUGAGUUGUAUUGUAGGACUUUUGGUAACCUUUCAGAAAAAUGCAGUCAAAUAAGCCGUUCCGAAAUCCUCCUUGAUGAUCCAGUGUUAGUUAACAUCGUUGGACGAUGUCGGUUAGAUUUCAACUAGUCUAAACCUGAUUUAACAUCUUCCAUAACAUCUACCACAGUUCAAUAUUAUGUUCAAAAGGACCCAACAUGCUCCAUCCAACAAUGGCCUAACAUGGACUAACCUGGUAGACCUGUUGAGCAAGGCCUUUGCAUUUUCAGGACUAGACUUGCUUCCUCUAGUCCUCGUUUUGUCAAUAGUACGGGCUAAAAGUUUGUCCGCAGUCCUAAAGCGAGCGAAGUGACCGAGCAAGGGACGCAGUCGCGAAAGCGUUAGACUUGCCCCGCUUGAAGGAUUUUGAUUUUAGCUUCCCGCCAAGAGUCAAAGUCAGGCGGCUGUGCUUUAUCGACCACGUGACUUUUGGGCGCAUUGUUUUGUGUGAUUGACUGCAGCUAUAAUUCAUAAAGCGACCUGCUUUUGGGUCGCUAAAAUUGGCGCGCAUCAAGGGAGAAAAGUCCUGUUGCACGUAACAAAAUAAAACUGCGCGACUGCAGAGAACUUUGUGAAAGUUUAAGUCCGAUCUCGUUUGUUUUGGGAUCAAACAUUCCUUUUUGGAAUACUUGUUUCUCUAACAGAUGGGCCCAAGGGCUCUGAACACAGCAAACAUAAGAACUGGACUGUAGUUCUUCGUGCAGUGAAUAGGUCAUUUCCGAGUUGCUCCAAGCCCCUGUUUCAAAGCGAGACUAAAUGCAAAGCCAUAAAAACGUUUCUUUAGUCACGCAACUAAAGCUCAUCUUGUCAAGAAAAGUUUUGCAGUUAGCCUCGUUUUGAAAUUGAGUGUUUUUAGACCGCGGAAACGAUUUUUUUUCUUUCAAUCUACUGUUGAAACAACCCUAAGUUGUGAAAGACAACUUUGUUAAGAUAUGAAACGCUUAGUAAGUCCACUAACCAUACCUGCAAACUAAAAGGUAUUAAUCUGAUGUACUUACCUGCAAGAAUUAUAAGUAAGCUAACGUUGAAACUAUAGCUGUCAGUACUCCCUUUGAUAACUGAUCUAUCAGCUAACAAUAAAACCCAAUUUUAUGCCAAGAUUCACUUGAUAAAAUCACAAGAAAGUACGUUUAUAUUUGCAAUAGAACGCUAAAAGACCAUAAAAAAUAACAACUGUAUAAGCAUAACUAUAUAAUUCCAUUGGCUUUAAUCUUUAGCGAGGAGUUACCUAACUCUUUGAAAAACCUUGACCUAACAACGUUCUUUAUUUCGGCUUACUUUUGCCUUAGUUUACCGUAAAGAUAAGGGUUGACCUUCAAGUCCAAAGUCUAAAUCUCAAAGAACUGCUAAUUAAUUUGUUACAGGAAAUAAUUUGCUGGAAAACACAAUUCAAAGCUCAUGUAAGUGUAGAAUUGAACUCAGAUUUAUGCAGUAACUCACGAUGAAUUUUAUCUGUUCCUUGUCUUUUCUUACCGAGUCAAUCAAUUAUUUUAAACCUAAGAGAUAAAAGAAGAAAUAGAGAUGAAAAAGUGGGGCCAGUUAUGUAGCGGUUUUCUCGCAAUUGUAAAAAAAACAACAACAACAAACAAACAAAUAAUAUCAACAGCAAAAAUUAAAUCUAAAAACCUACAGUACCCACCUUUGUUAUAUAAAUUAAACUAGUAUGCUCUUUUAUUAUUCAAAUAGCCCUGUUUAAUCAGAUCUUAUAUUUGUUAAUCAGACUUAAUGUGAUUAAACACUUAAUGACUUAAUGGGAUUGACAGUCAUGUAAAAGUUGUUGGAUUACGUUAGAUCGCGUUAUAUCCAACUCUAUUUUCUUUUGCUUCCGUGUUUCGCGCUGUUGCCCUGUAAAAGCUUUCUGUAGAGUGUGGGAUGCACAUGCGCAAUUUAAUCCCGCGUUUGAAUGAGUAGAACAAUGGGUGUGGACUGACAUUUUCACGUUUUUACCAGUCUGGUAAAAAUAAUAGGCCAAUUGUACGAUGACUUCACUUAAAUACAACUACUAGAAUUCAUUUCGCUUUUGCUCUCUUAUGUAAAAUUGUCUUUCUUCCUGAGGUUACAGUCAAGCGUGGUCAAGCGUACUCCCCAAGACUCCAUAAAUGAAUGAAUUCUUCGAACGUUUAAUCCGUUGGUAGUUGUAGAUUUCAGAUUCAUCUCUGCAUUCUUGCAUGCGUAAUAAGUCGUGAAUUAACACGCGAGGCAGUUAUUAAAUUUCUAACAGCUCGGUUUUGCCAGAAUUUGAUGUAAAUGUCCUCGAAGCAAUUUUAACCAUUCCAAGAUUUUCAAUCUGACCAGAUACAGGGAAGUUCUCAUAAAAUAGUCACAGCUUUUUACAAGUGCAGCAAUGUCGAUUUGAAUUUGACACUAGUUACGGGAACGACUACUGGAUUUAUCUUUCAAAUAAUCAAUUCAUUAAUAGAAUUUUUAAGGGGUACGCUUGACCUGCGUUGACUGUAAAAAAACAAUAGCCUUAAUUUGCACAAGAAAACAACAGACUGAAGAAUUCUGAUAGUUACUGUAAAAUGACGUUAUCGUACAAUUGUCCUGGGCCUUGGCCAGCUGUUCAGUGGCCAAUAAUUUGUUUACUUCUCAUGCAACAUGGUGGACUUAUGGUUAGUUGGGAGUUGGGCGGGUUCGUUCGAGCACUUAUCAUAAUUCACCUUUUUAUUUUAUUUCAUUUUAUUUACUUUUUUAACAGUAUUUUUAAUAAAUGGAAGAGCAAGUCAUUAUUGGAUCUUAGUGAUCACAGCAAUGACCUGUUUGUUCUAAAAGAGUGGAAAGAUGCGUUCAAUCAGAUAAUCGCCUUUGCUCGGAUAAUACCUUGUGCUACGCGCUCGGUCAUUAUUUAUACGAAGUCCUCGGAGCUUAGGCAUUAUCUCAUGCAUCAUGCAACUUUCUUUUAUUGGUUGACGUUAGAUCUGCUCAAAUGGGUCUUCAUAAGAGUGAGGCUCUCAUGAAAAGUACCCGCGGUUUCUAACAGGUAAUUAGCGAAUAAGGACAAUUUUUAAGUCCCUUUCCGGUUAAUCCUGUUUAAGUCCUUACGGUUUAACCUGCUAAAGUUAACAUCAAAGGUCAUCUUGAUUCACAGACAACCCCAACUAUGUCCCUGGAGAAUCCAUACCCGUGGAGGAGUUCGAAGGUCACGUGCGUCGCCUCCAUGCAAAUGGCGACCUGUUGUUCUCUCAAGAAUACAGUGGUCUUCGUCCCUCUAUGGACUUUACUUGGAAUGCCACGCUAGCGCAAGAAAACAGAUUCAAGAACCGUUACAAUAAUAUUGUUGCCUAUGACCAUAGCCGAGUUUGUCUGACGCCGUUACAGGGGGUACCUGGGUCAGACUACAUCAACGCGAACUAUCUUGAUGGUUAUAGAAAAAAAAGGACUUACAUCGCUGCUCAGGGACCCCUGCCAGAGACUGUUGACGACGUCUGGAGAAUGGUGUGGGAGUAAACCACAAAGACCAUUGUUAUGGUUUGUAUUCAUUAAUAGGGCGUUGGCAAUUUUAUGGUGCCAAAAUUCCCAUAGUUUCUAGCCCAUGGUUAGGUGUUAAAUUCUUUUCGCCUUUUGCUAGAGAACAAAAAAUUCCUUUCAGAUUUGCUUAGUAUUUACGAGCGAUUUUCCCAGAAUCGACGUUGUUGGAUGUGUCGUUGUUGGUUGUAGUGAAUUAUGGCCACACCGUGGCCAGUUUUUACUUACGGCAGCAAACUCGUUAAUCUCGCAAAGCGACCGUAGGCCAAUCAAAGAUUAGGACGACUCUUUUUGUAGAAACGAAUUUCUCGGAUCUUGUGUCCAUGCCUGCUAACGAAAGGGGAUAUUGUCGCUAAAUUUGGCAUUUGCACAGCUCCCAUAAGACCACUUUUUUGUCCCCACCCUCACUAAAACAUUUCUUCAAUUUCUCUUUGAUCUUUUUGUAUUUUUUUGGGGGGGGAGGGGUGGGAUAAGGUGUAUUAAUGGAGAUUUGCAAAUAGCGAAUAGACAUAACUUGUCGGCUGUUCCACUUGCUUAUAUAUGCAUCAGUUGUUUAAAACAAAUUUCACCUUAUGAGUUAUAACUCUGUAUGCAUUCCCUCCCAGGUAACAAACUUGGAAGAGCGAGGUCGUGUGAAGUGCUAUCAGUAUUGGCCUUCGGAGGAGGGAUCCACUUACGGUGAUAUUCAAAUAAAUCUGACACAGACAGUAGAGUUAAGUGACUUUACUAUCCGCACGUUUUGUCUAAAGAAAGCCAAUAGCAGAGCUGAGCGAACUGUGAAUCAGUACCAUUACACUGUAUGGCCAGAUCAUGGUGUUCCGUCCUGCCCAACUUCUUUGCUAACGUUUGUUAGGAAAGCAUCUGGUGCUAACCCGUCUGAUGCGGGGCCUAUGGUGAGUUGGAAAAUGUGAAUCUUUAAUCUUUAAUUGGUUAAUUGCCAAUUAUAUCAUAGGCUAAAAUGGGUAGCAUAAUUAGGCAGUAAGUGAUGGUAGAUAGCUUUUCGCUGUGAGCUAAAACAUGGGCAAAGACGGAGCGGAAACAAUAGUAUAUGGAAGACUCUUCCAUAGAGGUACAUAUCGAGCAAAAAAGAGUUUUGGGGGCAUCAACAAAGGCAAAAAUACAAGUGCGUGUUGUAACAGUUGUUCGCAAUAGAGACCUUUGAUUUUUGUAACCGGUAUUGAAAGUGUUUCUUCUAAAGACGAAAGAAUUUCACAACUUAGAAGUGAACUCUAACCUUUCUUAUGCAAGCCUCUCCCCCUUACCACUUCACUUUCACACCGAACCACCAAAAUUCCAAUACAUUUACGAGCACAUAUUGAUUAUUCACCUUUCGUACGUCAUGCAUCUUCAACAGGUGAACCUUAACCUUUUCCGGACGUUUACUGUGAAUUGACCUUUGGCUUAAACUUUGUUCUUUCUGAAAAUAAAAAUGUAUCUUUUGCAUUAUUGUAACUUUAUCCAGAGCAUAUAUUAGAUAUACCAUAACAAAAGGCUUGGUUAAAUAUGAUAGCACUCCCUUAUUUAGGAAAGGGAAAUUGGCGACAUUGGCUCUGGGGUUAGGGAGUUUAAGCACGUUAACAUGAAGUGGACUUGUUGCCCUCUUGAGCAGUGAUUUUUAGAGCAUAGAAACUUAGCCAUUCAAAUUUGGUAGCGUCAAGGUAGUUAAAAGCGGAAAAGGCUCUCUUCCGGUUGACGUGGGUCGCUCAAAAACGUCCCUGCCUCAACUCCCUAAUACACCCGCGCACAAUAGUGGGAAGCCUGUGCUUUCUCCACCCCUUGCUUUCCUCACUCUAGCUGUUUAUGUUGCAGGUUGUUCACUGCAGCGCCGGUGUGGGGAGAACUGGUACAUUCGUUGUUGUAGACUCCAUGCUACAGCGUAUAGCGGCAGAGAAAACAGUCGACGUGUUUGGAUAUGUGAUGUCUUUGCGCUGUGACAGAAACAUCAUGGUGCAAGUAGAAGAACAGUACGUUUUUAUCCAUGAAGUUCUCGUGGAAGCUAUUCACGCUGGGUAUACUGAAAUACGCGCGAAUGAACUCAGAGCACACGUCAAGAGGCUUAUGGAAGUCAACGCAAAUACAGGUACAUCCCCAGUGGAUUUCCACCAAUUUUGCCGAUUAUAUGGGUAAUGGAUAGUAAUAUGGGAUCGUUACAAGAUUUUGGGAAGCUGCCCACCUCAAGGACCCUUCCCACAACCCAACGCUAACAACACUUAUUAACUAAGGCAAACUGUUGGGUCAAGGAGGGGGGGAGGGGGUGGUGGAGCGCAGUGUUUGCUCGACGGCCGCCCUUGAAUAAAAUCCCAUUUUCACAACACGUUCAAAGCGCUAUGGCGUAUUUAAAGUAAUUUUUAAUUAUGGCUUCCGGGUCUUUUUGUGAUUUGUGAAUGGUGAUGCAGUUAUCACCUUACAAAUCAUCCCAGUGUUUUUUCUAAAUUGGAGAUUCAAUUGUUAAGAUUUAACGUGCAUAAUAAUUUGCUACAGGGCAAACGGAAAUGGACGAGGAGUUUACCCGUCUGGGUCGGGGCGGCGCUGCACCGCAGUCCAAAUUCCAGGCAGCCAACAUGCACUAUAACAAAACCAAGAAUCGUUAUGCAAACGUGUUAGCGUUUGACGACACUCGCGUGAAACUCAGCGUUAUUACCGGCAUAGAAGGCUCUGACUACAUCAACGCUAACUUCAUCGACGGGUACAUGAUGAGAAGAGCAUUUAUUGCUACCCAAGCUCCCAUACCCGAUACGAUCCCUGACUUUUGGCGCAUGAUCUGGGAACAGGAGUCUUCGACCAUUGUGAUGCUUUCUAAAGAAACUGAGAGCGGCAAGGUAGGAAUGUUAUUUGGACUUAAUUAACAAUUAAAAUUGAAAUUAAUGACGAGUCAGAUUAUCUUCAAACAUUAGGGGACGUCGGUUAGAAAUUGAAUUCGCGUUCAUUCAAUCUCCAUAGCCUUUUGUUCCAACUCACGUACUUUGUCAAAUGUAGGGUAACGUCUCUGGAGAUGAAUUCGUAAGAACCAUUUCCAAAUUCAGAUAUCAAGUCGCAGCUUUGCAGUGGCAUCAAAGAAAUGUGCAAAAAGAGUGUGCUGUACUUGCAGAUUUUGUUUGUUUGUUUGUUUGUUUUUUGUUUUGUUCGCGUAUCUAGCCUAUUCCUUUUUUGACGUUUUUAUUGCCGUCGCCGUCGUCGGAUCUUAAGAACUUGCUUGGGUUGUAGUGAACUAUGGCCAGACGGGUCAGGAAAAUGAGGGCUUUUUUUCUCAAAUUCCCUUUGUUUUGGAAAUCGAAGAUGGUGACUAGUCCACGCUUGCCUUCUCGCCCAAUUCUACUCCUCCCCCAUACCCCCUUGCUCUAUACUGCAGGUUAGUGGAAUACAUUUGAUCGUUCCUAAUGCCUGAAUACAGCGUAAGACUAUUCAUUCUAAGAAGGAGCCUUUAUAGCAGUUUAAGUCUGUAUGGUUUCGCAUGCAUUUUUUUCAUUUUAUCAGUAUCUCACGAGUAAAUCUGUAUACAUUCAGGUAAAAGUGCAUCGGUAUUGGCCCGGGAAGCAGCCUGCAAACAUCAGCACUUUAAUGGUUGAAAUGACAAGUGAGAUGGUUUAUGAAGACUACGUCAUGAGAGAGAUCAAGCUCACCAAUACUAAGGUAUAGUAAGAAGCCAGUGUAACCGCUCUGAUAGUCACUGAGUUUCUACCAGUUGUGGUUCGAGUGGCGAGUGAAGCGAGCCGCAAGGGAAGCCGCGAGGGGUUUUCUUUUUCACCCUUCGCUCUCGUGUCAUCUUAUUAUGCGCAGUAAGAGAUGCGCAGUGCAAAACCAGGGAAUCACCUUAAGGAGUAUUUUUCCCGAGAAAUAUAUAGUGAAAGACCGUAUUUCUAAUACUAAACUAGAAAAAGGCUAUCAUUAUUACAUCCAAACACGGCACAAGGAUCUUUUUUCCCAUUACAAUCUUAUUCCAAGAAAUCUUUAAGAAAAAAUGUCGCGAAAAGCGCUCGAAAAUACAAACGAAAUGUGCUCAUGCCCCCUGGGCAUCCUAUAGUACUCCUUAAAUCGAAAUAAUUCAAUAUGGCCGCCGUAUCGGUAAAAAGGUCUAUUGGAAAGCUCUUUCGCAGGCUAUGUUUUAUUUUGGUGGAUUUUGCACUUUGCGACGGAAGCAUCCACUUCUAAUUUGUUUCAUGCGAUAUUACCGGAAACACAUUUGUAAGUGGAGAAGCCAUGUUGCAUGCGCACAUCAUGUUCGUUACAUGUAGGUAAAUGGUGUAUGUUGCACGUUGCGAAAUUACAGACAAUCUCGCGAGUUUGAGAUUCACAGACCGUGUGCUCUUCUAAUAUGUUUCCUUCGAUAUUGCAUGCAGCAAAGUCCUUGUUGCAUGCGAGCAUCAUGUUCCUUAUGUAGAUGGUGGAUGUUGCACUUUGUGACAUUACAGACAACCUCACGCGUAACAGAAUCACAGCCUGUGCGUACUUCCAAUUUGUGUCAUGUGAUAUUGUGCUUAACAAAUUCUUAAGUGGAUAAGCUAUAUUGCAUCCUUACAUCAUGUUCCCUAGCCUUGACGUGUUAUUUAUUUAUUUUUUAAUUUAUUUAUAUUUUAUUUAUUUAUUUAUAUUUUUAGGAGAGUGCAUCCCGAAUGGUGCGUCAGUAUCAUUACACCGGAUGGCCCGAUGUCGGAUCUCCGGACUCGGGAUCAGGAUUAAUUGAUCUAAUUGGUCAGGUACAAAAGUGGCAACAGAAGUCAGGAAACACCACAAUCACCGUACAUUGCAGGUAUGGACUAGCUGCUACUGCUGCUCAUGCGGAUCACUAAACUUAUCGCCCCAUGUAAAGGAAUCCGACAAUUUUUUGCUCGUGAAAUCCGGAAUCCAGUGCCCUGAUACUGGAAUCCUUGGCGUGAAAUCCAAAUUCCAGGACUGUCUUGGAUUCCCUUGCAUGGGACGUAAACUAUUUCGCUUAACUUUAAGAUGAUUUUUAUAUCCCUUAUCCGGUCUCCUCUUGUCACUCUGGCACUGUGCCAACGUCGUCUGAAACGAUUUUUCCGAAAUUUUGUUUUUAUAUAUUAAAGCAGUCGUGAAGUAGGUAGAGAUUGCCGGCUGCCAGAGAUCUUCCGAAAUUCCAUUGGACGGACAAUGGCUUGCGCUACGACUUUCAAUGAUUUCCGAAAUGCAACCAAAGGUUUCUUUAUCCGCAGGAUUAGCUCAGUCUGUAGGGCACUUGACGCCUGAGCGGUAGGUUGCGGGUUCGAUUCCCGGGGCCGGUCUUGAAAUAACUGGCAAAUGAAGGUACUGCCUUUCGGGCCCAGCAAAUAGCUAGAUCUUCGUCUGGCUCGCAAAAUAUCAGUCCCGUCUCCAUUGGGUAGGAAACGCAAAAAUUGUUUCCUCAGGUAGUACUUUCGUUCUAAAUAAAUUGACAGUCACAAAAAAGUGCAUUUUAAGGCCGAAGGUAGUCCGAUGGCUUACGAAUAUAAACUAAAUUGGCUGUUUUUGUCCUUUUCUGUUGGCAGUGCGGGUGUUGGCCGAACAGGAGUCUUCUGUGCCCUAAGUUUGCUUAUUGAGAGGUUGAAGGCUGAGGGCGUGGUUGAUGUUUUCCAGACUGUAAAACAGUUGAGAUCUCAGAGACCUGCUAUGGUACAAACCAAGGAUCAGUACGAGUUUAUUUACCAUGCUCUUGGCGAGUACCUGGACUCCUUUGAUGCCUACAAUAAUUUCGAAUAA